AUGGCGUGUCCGCCGUUCGAAUUCCCUCCUUCGUUCGUCUUGCGAAAUAUUUGCGAUAUCACUGGCUCCGCUUUCGGACUGAAGCGAAAUGCUGCUCAAGAACAGGCUAAACAAGCAGCGAUUCAAUGGUUUAAACGGUUCCGUGUUUUUGACGAAAAGAAGGCUCGACAAUGGCUUCAUUACGGGAGAUUCGAUCUCUUCGCGGGACUAAGCUUCCCCGAAGCCGAGCUAUCACAUCUCGAGACUUGCCUAGCAUUCUUCUUUUGGGCGUUUUCUACGGACGACCUUUCUGACGAGGGCGAACUCCAGUGCAAGCCGGAUGAAGUAAAUCAUGGUCAUGAAGCUUCUCGUAGGAUUCUGAAUGAUCCUGACGCACAACAACCGGAUUAUCCUUACGCUGCAAUGCUAUGGGAUAUUCUACGUCGCAUCCGAUCAACGGGCACACCAGGGACGUACCGUCGAUUCGUUCAGGCUUAUUUGGAUUGGAGUGGGUCUCAAGUUCAGCAAGCAUCGAACCGCAAUGUCGAUCGUUUUCCGCCCGUCGAAGAAUUCAUUUUAAUGCGCAGAUGUACUAUUGGCGCUGCAAUGGUGGAAGCUAUGGUCGAGUACUCUCUCGACAUCGAUCUCCCUGACUAUGUAUUUGAAGAUCCUAUCUUCAUUGCUAUGUCACAGGCGACUUCGGAUAUCAUGACUUGGCCAAAUGAUCUCUGCUCCUUCAAUAAAGAGCAGGCCGACGGGGACUACCAGAAUUUCGUCUGCAUCCUCCAGCACGCUUAUCAACUAGAUCUUCAAGAGGCCGUCGAUAUGCUCACUGAAAUGAUCGGUACUCGUGUCCAAGACUACGUCGAUCUCAAAAAGCGUCUCCCCUCUUUCGGGCCAGAGAUCGACGCCGAACUGAGCAGGUACCACAUCGGUCUGGAGAAUUUUACUCAAGGUUGUGUGGUAUGGUACUACUCAAGUCCACGUUACUUCCGUGAAUUACAACCUCUGGGAAAGGAGCAAGUCUUGAUUGAGCUUUUCCCGAGAGUUGAUACCUAUCAAACAGACAGUAGUGAGGACAGCUGA